AUGCCAGUGCUCAAGAGUGAGUUCAUGCAGACCAGGGGAUGUGUCUGCUCAGAGCCUAUUCUUUCCCUUCUAGUCCAUGCUUUGGUGACUGACCCUGAACUUUACCCACGUGUUCCCAAGCCCAUACCAGCCUCUUGCACCCAAGAUCCAAGGAGUGACUGGAUGUUGGGUUGUAGAGGGCACUUCAGUUCAUGUGUCCACUUGCAUGAGCAGGAAACCCUUCAGUCCCAGGCAGAUGGGGCAUGGGGAGAGAAGUGUUGGGGUGGCAUAGGCUUCUCUCCUGUGGCCUGCGUGGCAAGACUCUGA